AGUUUCACCACCUUCUGCUCUUAUAAAGAGAGAUGUAGUGUAGCCCAGUCGAUCAUCGCCACUUCCAGAGUCGUCACCAUGGGCCGAGUGAGUGCCAAGAGGAAGCUCAAACAGUGCGACCCGUUCUUCAAGGGCAAGCGCGACAAUGGCAAGAAGGAUAAGGCGUUCGAUCUGCCUCCUACUGAGUCCAAACGCUCUAAGAAGCGCCGGCGUAAGAUGCUGAGCGACGAGGCCAUGGAGCAGUAUGUCAUGCGCACAUCGGCAAUGGACGGAGACGCUGCAGCUCCCUCUAAGAAGAAACAGAAGCUGCAGAUUGGAUCUAUUAAGGAUGGAGAGUCCAUGCGCGACUUCAACAAACGCAUCAGCACGGAAGUUAAGCGUGUCAUCUACGAUGCAGCCAAGCAAGGCCGACGCAGCAGCGAGAAGCGCAAGGCCUACCUUACUAAGAAGAAGGAGAAGGCACGCGAGAAAAAGAUGACGGAACAGGAGCGUUACGAGCGCGACUAUCAGAGCACAGGUAACACCAAGAAGGACUAUUUCGAGGAUGCAGCACCGGUGCGCUUCGGUGACCGUGUGGACGCUCCCCCGAUCAUGCCCAAACUUUCGGGUAUCUUCAAGAAGCGCGCGGAGCAGCUAGCACGCGAGAAGAGGAAGGCCGAAAAGAAGAACUCACUGGCAGCUGGAGCCAGAGUGAUCAAGCGAGCAAAGAAGUAGAGGCUUGCAGUCAAGCGUGAUACAUUUCUUUCUGUUUAGAACACUCGACUUUUUGUCCCGAGAUUUUUUUUAUCAGGACCGACGAUGCAUAUAGUCUAACUGCAUCUGUCUGUUUGAUCACUGAGCUAUAGAGUCUGGUUGCU